AUGCUAGCCGCCGUGCUGCUACUCAUGCUGUUCGCAUGUGUCGACGUCUCGCGCCAGUCCCCGGUGCGACGAGAUGCUCGAUCCCCCAAGACGUACACCUUCAACAACAGCAGUCGCUGCAGCCGCCGGCUCUCGUUUAACCAAGACGGCACGUUCCAGAUAUCCAUAUUUGAGGACUUGCACUUUGGAGAAAACGCAUGGGACCAAUGGGGCCCGCAGCAGGACAUCAACUCGGUCAAGGUCAUGGACGCGGUGCUCGACAGCGAGAGGCCCGACCUGGUGGUGCUCAACGGCGACCUCAUCACGGGCGAGAACACCCCCGCCUACAUGGACCAGAUCGCCGGCCCGCUCGUCGCGCGCGGGCUGCCGUGGGCGUCGACGUACGGCAACCACGACCACAACUUCAACAUCUCGGGCGCCGGCCUCCUCGCGCGCGAGCGGCGCUGGCCCAACUCGCUGACCCGGAGCAUGGUGGCCGGCCGCGACGCCGGCGUCACCAACUACUACCUGCCCGUGUACGCGGCCGACUGCGCGCCGGGCGACGACGACUGCGCGCCCGAGCUGCUGCUCUGGUUCUUCGACUCGCGCGGCGGCUUCUACUUCCGCGAGCGCGGCCCCGACGGCCGCCAGGUCGGGCAGCCCGACUGGGUCGACGCCAGCGUGGUGCGGUGGUUCGAGGCGACGAGCGCGGCGCUGCGCCGGCGCUUCGGCCGCGUGACGCCGUCGCUGGCCUUUGUGCACAUCCCGGCCAACGCGUCGCUCGCGGUGCAGCCCAGCGUCGACGCCCACCGCCAGCCCGGCGUCGACGACGACGUGCCGCUCGCCCGGCAGGCCCAGGGCUGGUGCGCCGACGGCUCCAACGGCCCCGAGUGCGUCUACGGCGGCCAGGACGAGCCCUUCAUGAGGGCCGUCGCCGCCACCCCGGGCCUCAUCGGCCUCUUCUCCGGCCACGACCACGGCGCCACCUGGUGCUACAAAUGGGACCGCCUCGUGCCCGGCAUGACCGUCGCCGGCACCGGUCUCAACCUCUGCUUCGGCCAGCACUCGGGCUACGGCGGCUACGGCAACUGGAUCCGCGGCGCGAGGCAGCUUCGCCUGUCCGCCGACGCCCUGCGCCGCCGCCGCUGGGAGGCCGACACCUGGAUCCGCACCGAAAAGGGCGGCGUCGUCGGCCGCGUCAGUCUCAACGCCACCUAUGGCAAGGACUGGUACCCGGCCACGCCCAACGAAAAGACAUACUGUCCUACGUGUAACUAUACCGUCAUCACGCCGGGGCCGAGGAGACGCUGA